ACAACUCAAAAAAAGAUCUACAUAAUCUAAUUGAUAAUCAAAAUUCUAAUAAUGUUACGUUCCCUGGUUGUGCAUAAAUCUGCAUGGAUGGUGGAGAGAGUCAUCAAAACUCUGUACUCACCAGGUAACAUCUUCUGUAUUGACUACGACCAGAAGUCGUCACCUCAGUUCAUCUCUGCCAUAGAGGGUCUGGUAAGCUGUUUGCCCAACGUCUUCAUUGCCUCCAAACGAGAGUCAGUCUAUUACGCAAGCAUCAAUCGAUUGCAAGCUGAUCUCAACUGUCUGUCUGACUUUUUGAGGUCAGAGGUUAAGUGGAGGUAUGUCAUCAACCUCUGUGGCCCAGAUUUUCCCCUCAAGACCAAUAUCGAGUUGGUGUCGGAAUUAAAGAAGUUAAAGGGGGCUAAUAUGCUGGAGACGAGCCGACCCACUCCCUAUAAGGAAAUAAGGUACUCUUUUCAUUAUGAGCUGAAAGAUAUCCCACAUGAAUAUCAAAAAAUGCCGAUGAAGACGGAGCAGAAAAAGCCUCCACCCCCUCACGGCAUAGAGAUGUUUAUUGGCAAUGCCUAUUUUGUCUUGUCACAGGACUUUGUUGUGCAUAUGAACACCUCAGAGGUGGUGAAGGAUUUCUUAGUCUGGUCAGAGGACACUUACUCCCCAGAUGAACACUUCUGGGCCACGCUUGUGCGACUGCCAGGUGUCCCCGGGGAGGUGCCCCGACCUGAGCCUGAUAUCACUGACCUGAUGAGUAAGACCCGGCUGGUGAAGUGGAGUUACUUGGAGGAACACCUGUACCCACCUUGCUCCGGGGUACACGUCCGCAGCGUCUGCAUUUUUGGUGAUGCAGAGAUACGUUGGCUGCUUAACUAUGGCCACUUGUUCGCAAAUAAGUUUGACCCCAAAGUGGACCCAAUUAUCAUUCAGUGCCUCGAGGAGAAGCUGGAGGAAAGACAAAAGUUAUUAUAGUCAGUGGCAUCCUCAACCUGUAAAAAGGUUUCACCAAAGUAA